AAAGUGGAACUAAUGGGGUCUCACUCUCGGUGGAAGUUCUAUUCCCGCGUCGAAUAGUUUUUUCACUCCCCCUUCUUCAAUAAGGGGUGACGUAGGAUGAACAGUGACUCACUCAUCACUACCCCUCAAAGAAGUGAUCACUAGUGCUUCUGCUUCCUUUGUAAAUGCCCUUCCGCUCGAUCGCAAUUUCCUCUCCCUCAUAACAUUUCAGUUCCUGCACUUGCUGUUUCUGGAAGAGUAAUUACAUUACGAUCUUCACUCUAUUGCUUUUUCAAUUCCGAGGCUUGCUGUUUUAGGAAGAGGGAUGAACAACAACUCCUACUCCUCCUACUCCUCCUCAGGCUCACCGCAGUUUGUCCCUCUAAACUUGCCGGUUGGAUGGAGAUUCCACCCGUCCGAUGAAGAACUGGUUGAUCAUUAUUUGAAGCGGAAGAGGCGUGGUGAUCCUAUAGACGGCUUGGACAUCGGCGAGGUUCAAAUAUGCGAUUAUGAUCCCAAGGAUCUUCCAGAUCUUUCCAAGAAUAAAUCUAGGGAUAAGGUGUGGUAUUUCUUUUGUCUUCGCCUGUAUCACAAGAACAGUGGCCUGGCUAAGAGGAAGGCAAAAGCUGGAUACUGGAAAUGCACAGGUGACCCUCGCUUGGUCACGGCUCAAGAUAGCGAUGAGGAGAUUGGAAUAAAGAGAACUUUGGUUUUCCAUAAUCCCGACGCCACUCAAUGGGUCAUACAUGAGUAUGAGUACACUGCAGCACUCAACUCGCCUGUUAAGUUAACUUCUUGUUACGUGUUUGUGCUGGGCAAUUAUGUUCUUUGUAAAUUAAAGGUAAAAUCAAAUAAGAAGGAAAAGGCAAGUAAGAGGUCAAAGAAAGCUGAACCAGAUUGCAAGAAUACAAGGCCUAAAAAGAAGGCAAGAAAAUGUGAAUCAGACAGUAAUUUGACUUCUGCUUCUGCUUCCAGAAAGAAAAAGUUAGAGGAGAUGACGGCUUAUUCAGCCUAUGGUGAAGGUGAACCAAGCAAUGCUAUGAUUUUGGAUUUAGAAAACGAAAAUCCAAGUAUGGCUGCUAACUCCACCUAUAACGAAUGUGAGACAAGCAGUCUGAUGGAUUCUAAUUUUGAGAAUCCUUUCUAUAGAAAGGCUAUUGAUUCAUCUCGUAAUACGGGUGAAACAAGUGGCCCAAUGGCUUCUUAUUUGGAAAAUCAUAGUCCAAAUGUGAUGACCGCUAUGUCAUCAUAUUCUGGUUUAGAACAUGAAAUUCCAUGUGAGAUAACUUCUCUUUCAACUAAUAAUCAAGUUGAAACAAGUUGUUUUAAGACCUAUGAUUUUCAAAAUCAAUGCUUAAAUGCAUUUGAUAAAGGGAAAUCAAGUUACCACAUUACUUUGGAUUUUGAAAAUCAAAAUCCUAGUAAGAUCUGGGACUUAUCAGCCUCCAGAGAAGGUGAACAGUGUCCUCUACCGGAAACACCUACUGAUUUUGAAUAUCGAAAUCAAUGCUUAAAUGCAUUUGAUAAAGGGAAAUGCUUAAAUGCAUUUGAUAAAGGGAAAUCAAGUUACCCCAUUACUUUGGAUUUUGAAAAUCAAAAUCCUAGUAAGAUCUGGGACUUAAAAGCCUCCAGAGAAGGUGAACAGUGUCCUCUACCGGAAACACCUACUGAUUUUGAAUAUCGAAAUCAAUGCUUAAAUGCAUUUGAUAAAGGAAAAUCAAGUUACCCCAUUACUUUGGAUUUUGAAAAGCAAAAUCCUAGUAAGAUCUUGGACAUAUCAGCCUCCAUAGAUGGUGAACAGUGUCCUUUACUGGAAACACCUUCGGAUUUUGAAUAUCAAAAUCAAUAUGGGAAGAUUGAUGUGUCGGUCCAUGAAGAUCAUCAGAGUCCCCAGGUGGGUUCUUACGCUGGAGAAACUAUAUUUCAAGGAGUGCAAAGUCAAUAUAAGACAAAUAUGCCAAUCCUUGAAGAUUGUUUAGGUUCCUUGGUGGCUUCUAAUUACCAAGAAAUGUAUCAAGGAGAGCAAAGCCAACAUAAUACAGAGAUGACGAUCUCUAAAGAUAAUGAUGCUCUGUUUAGAGCUUUUGGUGUAACUAAAUUUCCUGAGAUAAGAACUCAACUUCUGGACGAGCUGAUAACAAGGUUUGGAUGAGAAGACAGCUUCAAUUCUGCAGCACAGAAACUUCUUUGCAUUGAGGAAAGCCUCAGUAACAAAACCUUUGUACCUCUGUCCAUUUGAAUAGGAUAUGUUCCUAUUAGGUUCCUAUUCUGGAGCUAAACGGCGUAGUAGUACGAGAAUAGACUUUAGUUCAAUUUAUGUAUUUCUAAAAAGGGUAUGACCCUCUGUGGUUUGUUAAAUGCAUCAGAAAGAAACUAAAACUAGUGUAGUAACCAAACAGCUCUAGUUGUUUGGUUCCUCACGUCGAUGGUUUAUCUGCCUACUAAUAGGCGUAAUGAUAGGUGUGGUGAUUUAGUAACUGCAGCUUCUGGCUGCAAUCCAUCAUGACAUGGCCUUUAUCCUCCUAAAUUAGGCUAUGUUCUUAUAAAAAUGUUACCAUUGACUUAUCUUGAGUCAUGGUUAGAUUAUUGUAUUCUGCUAGGAAGUUAUAACCAAGAAAUUUUAUAUAUCUCCAUGUAUAACUCUGGUCCUUGUAUGUAGAUGUGCAAGUACUUGUAUUUUCUGGAUAUGUACCUGUGUAUUGUUGUAAAAGUGAAUAAAAAGUUCAGUUUAAGUGAAAA